AUUGAUUGGGUUAGUAGGUGAAGUGCAAUGUGUGUUACUAUACGAUUAUAAUAAAAAGCACACCAUAACUACCGAUAAAUGCAAUAUCAAACAAAUAAGCAUGUCUGAUUGGCAAAGUAUACCGGUUGAAGAAAAGCACAAAAGUUUUCUCGAAAGUCUUUCAUCGAUUUUAAUAAAAAAUAUUUUCGAUGGUGUAAAACGGGAUGAGCCAGUCAUCAAAUGGCGAGAUCCAGACCACCUGUCUGAAUUAAUAUCUUUUGAUUUGACUGAUGAACCGAAAUCUCAGGGACUCAUUUUAAAAAUAAUAAAAGACAUUUAUAACUUCAGUGUGAAGACUGGUCAUCCAUACUUUAUGAACCAGUUAUUCUCUGGAUUGGAUCCUUAUGGACUAGCGGGUCAAUGGCUAACUGAUUCUCUCAACGUUUCUAUAUACACUUACGAAGUAGCUCCAGUUCUAACUCUGAUGGAACAAACUCUCAUAAAACAAAUGCUCGAAAUGUUCUACAAAUCGGAUUACCAUAAUAUUUCAGUACCUCAAAGUUUUGGAGAUGGGUUGUUCUGCCCAGGUGGUUCUUUUGCAAAUGGAACAGCCAUAAACUUGGCCCGAUAUUGGCUGAAACCAGAAUCAAAGGAUUAUGGAUCCUCUGCUCUAAACUUAGUCAUGUUUGCUUCCGAAGAUGCUCACUAUUCGCUUCAAAAAUGGGCAAGUAUGUGCGGGAUUGGGGAGAAAAAUGUAAUCUUAAUAAAGACAGAUGAACAGGGACGAAUGGAUACCCAUAAUUUGGAAGUGAAUAUUCUGGCCCAAAAACAGCAAGGGAAUACUUGUUUCAUGGUAUCAGCAACCGCCGGUACUACUGUCCUAGGGGCGAUUGACCCACUGAAUGAGAUAGCAGAAAUCUGUUUAAAAUACAAACUUUGGUUCCAUGUGGAUGCAGCUUGGGCCGGCGGACUAAUAAUGAGUAGAAAGUAUCGCACCUUACUGGAUGGAAUACAAAAAGCAGAUUCAAUAGCAUUCAAUCCGCAUAAGCUUUUGGCAGUACCACAGCAAUGCUCCAUGCUUCUGACAAAGCACUGUGAAAUUCUGAAAUCUGCUCAUUCUAAAAAAGCUUCCUACUUAUUCCAAAAGGAUAAAUUUUAUCCUCAAGAUUAUGAUGUUGGUGAUAAAUAUAUACAGUGCGGACGAAGGGCAGAUGUAUUAAAGUUCUGGAUAAUGUGGCAGGCUAAGGGAACCUCAGGAUUCGAAAAUCAUGUGAAUCAUCUAAUGUUCUUAUCCGAUUUUUUGAAAAGUGAAAUCGAAAGACGCGUCGAUUUCAAACUCGUUGCCAAACCGUCGUUUAUAAAUGUAUGCUUUUGGUAUAUCCCACCAUCGCUUAAAAACAAGUAUUCCUCGUACAACUAUAACGAAAACUUACAUAAGGUCGCACCACAGUUGAAGGAAAUGAUGACGAGACGCGGUAGUUUGAUGAUCGGAUAUCAACCUCUUCGUCAGAAACCGAAUUUCUUUCGCUUUGUCGUACAAAACUCUGGAUUAUUAACAACAGACGUUGACUACGUUCUCGAAGAAUUCGAACGCUUGGGACAAGCUCUCUGAUAAAAUAAAAAUCCAUACAUUGUAUAGAUAUAGAUGUAGAUCAAUAAAUCCCUUAUAAAAUUGA